AUGGAGAUAUACAAGGAGGUACUUCCUCCCAUGCCUGGCCAGUCAGAAUGGGCUGAGACUGGACAGCCUGCUCCCUUGGCACCUUACAUAUACAAACCACCAGGCAGACCACCCAAGCAAAGAAAGAGGGCUUCUGAUGAGCCUAGGAACCCUUACAAAGCAAGUAGACAGAACAGACCUGUAAGAUGUGGGAAAUGCAAAAAGGAAGGGCAUAACUCAAGAGGGUGCAAGGCUGGCAUCACUGGGGAGACACCAUGGCAGAGGAGACAGAGACUUCAAAGAGAAAAAGCUGCAAGGGAGGGGGUGCCUGCACCUAGAUCUGCACCUCAGCCUGCACCUCAGCCACCAUCCCAGCAGCCUACCCAGACCUACAACAUGAUGUCUGCCACUCAGCCUUCAUCCUCACAGCAAGGAAAUCAACCUAGGCCAUCUCACAAGAGAGCAGGAUGGUUCUCUUUCUCACAACCAGAGUUUCACACACCUAGGGAGACCUGGGAUACCUUACCAAGUUCUUCACAGCCUUCACAUGCAAGUGGGAGCACUGGUGGUGUGAGGACUAGAGGACAGCUUGCUGCACAAAGGCCACCAAAAAUGAAUCCAGUGGGUGGAAAGAGGAAAGAGUAAAGGCAAGAAAUGAAUGAAGCUAGUGGGUACGCAUGCCAGCAUUGGGAGUAAAGCUAGUGGGAACAUGUGGGCCUUUUUGGUUUUUUUUUUUUUUUGUGAAGACCACUGUUGGCCUUUUGUAAUUAUCAAUUAGUGUAAAAAACAGUCACUGCUGGUCUUGGAAUGUGCUUUUUUGUAAUUACUAAUUAGUGUAAAAAACAAUCACUGCUGGCCUUGGAAUGUGCUUUUUUGUAAUUAAGGUACAAUACACUCCAGGUUGUUAUAUGGAAGUUGUGAUAUUACAGUUUGUAUGGAACAAUAUUUGUCCAAACUAGAUUAUA